AUGGCGAGUUCCGAAGAGGACUCCAGGUUUCAGCCAGUUGACUUGGCGACAGAUCUAAGGACGUAUAGACCAAAAUAUCCUUUGCCUCCAGAUCUACGGGAUAUUCCUACAGAAGAGACUUUCUGCGCAUAUUGUGGUGUCAGCUACCUGAUUUUAAAUGAGAUAAAGUUUCUGGAAGAGAAGUCUGAAAAAUUAAAGAGGGAAUUGGAACUUGUCAAGCAAGACACAAAAGUCUCACUGAGUGUUCCAUGUAACGGUAAACAUUGUUCGGCAUCAUUUGACGAACAUCAAAUACUUGAAGACAUCAAACAUUUAAAAGAUGAAAAGGUUGAACUAAUCCGUAGGCUAGAUGAUGCAAAUGUGAAAUUAAUUUGUUACGAAGCUACUGAGAAACAGUUUGUCAAAGAAAUUGCCCAGAAAUUGAAUAAUCAGUUGAAUGCUGCACUAGAAAUAGGGAAACAAGAAAUAUUUGAAUUAAAAACAAUUAGAGAUUCACAAAGUGACUCUUGUAAACAGCUACAAAUGAAAAUACAAGAAAUGGAAAAGGAGUUCAAUAUUCAAAUGAAUAAAAAGGUGAACAAAACACUGAUGUUACUUAACAUAUGCCUAAUUGAAUAUCUAUUAUCAUUUGGUUAG